CACGGAAGUGUCAGUGUAAGCGUUACUUCAGCGGAGACUCGUUACAUUGCGCCGUAACUGCAUCUUCAUUAUCUAGAAGAAGAACACGCUUGUCUGACGGACGAUUAAAUAUUGCGCUCGAGCUUCUCUUAGUUUUUAGGCACUUGCAACAUUUUAGCGCUAAACGGCGGACAGCAUUACAGUCAAGAUGCUUAAAGCCAUCGGUCAAACUUUGUUUUCUUCUGGACUCCAGCACCCAAAGUUCACUGCUCAACAGAGUAAGGGUGAAGACUAUGAGGUCCGCACUUACCACACAACAAACUGGGUGAGCACAGCUAUGACUGGCAUGGAGCAGGACCCGGCCCUUGGCACAGGCUUCAGAAGACUCUUCAAAUACAUUCAGGGGAAUAAUGACAAAAAGUGUAAGGUGGAGAUGACAGCACCAGUGAGCUGUCUGAUUGAGCCUGGUGCAGGACCCGCUUGUGAAAGCACCUUCACUGUGUCCUUCUACAUUCCUGAGGAACAUCAGGCUGACCCACCCAAACCCACAGAUCCAGAUGUUUUCAUCGAGAACAGAAAAGAGGUCACGCUGUUUGUGAG